AUGUCUGCGUCGCACCCCCACGAUCCUCUCUCCUUCUCCGGGAGCCAGGAUGAAAACCAAACCGCAGAUUCCUCCCCAACGCUCCUCUCUACAAAGAACGUCACCUACUUCUUCGAUCCACCCCGAUCUUCCAGUGAGUGCGGCCAAAAGCAGUCUAGCUGUGCGGUCUCUCUGGUCACGGAUUUUCUCACCAGCUCCUCCUCUUCUCCAACAUACAGUUGGCUACACCUCAAAUUGAGCCUUGCUGAGCGCGACGAGCUGAACAAGUGUGUACCAGCCGAGAAGUUUGAGGGGUUUCGCCGUGACUACUUCGUCGCAACCCAGACCUUUUCCGUCGGCAUGGAGACCAAAACACAUGCAGUGGUCAACGCCGCUCUAUCCUUCGCCAUCUUGUCUCGAAUCAAAAGUCUUGCGAACAAACAUCCAGACACAGCAAUCGGUCAGUUCGCGGCCAAGAUCAUGGCGCAAGGCUCUGGGGACAUUGAUCUCGAAGAACUUGGAACCAAGAAUUCUCACAAUCUGGAUGGUUCGUUCGUAUACAAGGGCGCCAAAUACCCCGGCAUCGUCAUUGAGGUCGCUCACUCGCAGCCAAAAGAUGCCCUUCAACAUCUUGCGGAGGAAUAUGUUCUCGGUUCGGACGGAAAUGUUCACUAUGUUUGUGGCAUCAAGGCUGCAUACCGCUCCGGCAAAGAAGCGUGGCUGUCGGCUUGGAAAGCUAAGAGAACUGUCUUGGCCGACGGCACAGUGGAAUUGAGCGUUGAGCAGACUGUCAAGGAUCAGAUGUUUCGAACCGCUGAAGGCUUACCCGAUCCAAAUUGUCGUGGACUGUGCCUUCCCCUCGUACACCUGGCUCCGACUUCCAGCAUCGCCCUCGACAUCGCCAGUGUUCCUGACCACCUUGGCCAGAUACGGAUCACUGCUGAAGAGCUCUGCCAAAUUCUUGACGAAGCGCGAGAGUCGGAGGAAGAUGCUAUCAAGGGUCUAGUUUAG